UCUAUGUGUUGCACUUGUAGAAUUUGUUAUGGAUAGACUGAUAACUGAACAUAAAACAUUCUCUAAACAAGAGAAGCAUUGACUCCUAUCAAAUAUCUUUCUUAUACUGGAUUUUCUUUUGCUAUUCUUGACAUUUUUUCAAAUUUCAAUCUGCGUAUUAGGUUUUAAUUCUAAUAAAAUAUAUAUAAAAAUUAAGUAAAGACAUUCUCAGAACAUGGUGAACACUAAGGUAAAUUUUUACUUUGCAUAGGGAAACAAAUAAAUCAGUCACGAUACUAAGUUUAUGAUAUAAAUUUGUUUAUAAUUAAGAAAUACUUGAAUUUUCGAAUUACGUCUGCUACGAUUUUUCUUUUCAUAUAGUGAAUAUUAUCUGCCACAUAAAUGCUUUUUUAAACACCCUAUAUUAAUUACAAAAAUUACACAGCAUUCGUUGCAAUUUAUCCCAAGAGUAAUAAAUGCCGAUCGAAGAGCGUCAUGGUUACUUCAUGAUUAACAAAUAGUUUCUUUAGCUUUAUCUACUUGACGCAACGCGUGCACGCAGUUAAAAAAUUGAGUUCAUCGAGUAUAAGUAGCGCGUAGAGAUAUAUCAGUUCAUAUAUUCAUUAUAAAGAUACUUGAAAAUUAUACUUAGAAGAAAAACUUUGGAAUCACAUAUGCAUUAAUACUAAAAUGUAUAUAAUUAAUACUGUAAAUUAGAGAUCAUGAUAUAAAUUGUUUUUCUUUCACAAAUUUCUAUCAAUCAUGUUCAAUUCGAAAAUUUACCAACACAUCAAAAACAAAAUGCUAAAAAAAUGGCGACUAUACCACGCUACGGACUUCCAAUCAUUAAUGUACCCUUGCUUCACCGUUUGUCGUAUUCUUGGUGUAUUUCCAUACAAGUUCAACACUUCGACCUUCGAAUAUUCAAAACCGUACUACAUCAUGUCGACUGUGGUUAUUUGCGUUAAUUGCAUUCUUGGCUUUUUCGUCAUGCAUGGUAUCAUCAUUUCUAAACUCAACUUUGGAAAUGUAAGAAAUUUUGAAAUUAUUGGUUACUGUACAAUCUGCUGUUUCAUAAUGAUAAUAACGCACAUAUUAAGCGGCCCGCGAAUGUGUUUGCUGCAGACUAUAAUGGAGAUCUCUUCAAGACUAUCAUCAAAAUCGUAUCAAAAGCUCUCCAUAUUAAUCCAUACAAAAGAUAUCAUAGGUCUUAUCUUCUUAAUCAUGCAAAUGUGCAUAUAUUUUGUAAAAAAUAGAAUGUUUAAAUUUGAAAACUAUAUGCUUAUCGUGGCCAUAGUAGUCAUAGUGUACAUGACUCUACUGCAAUUUCAAAUGCAUAUGUUGUAUAUAAAUUGUGUUUGUAUAUUAAAGGCAUGUUUUCAAAGUAUUAAUAACAAUCUAGCACACAUGCAGAGGCUCAUAAUAAGUGAUACAAAAUUAUGUGAUCCCGGUUUGUUCUACAAAAUACAAAGGAAUCAAUUUUCACUAAAUAGACUAAAAACUUUGAAAAAGCAGCAUCUGGUGAUCAGUAACACGGUGCAAAAGCUGAAUAUAAUUUUCAGUUUACAAAUCCUUGCUACAAUAGUCAUGUCAUUUUGUACCAUUACUUUUGAAGUGUAUUGCUUUGCAAUACACUGGAAUGAUGGGAUAUUCAUUAAUUUUGAUGCGCAUUUUCUCGUUGCGCUUUCAACGUCAAUAUCAUAUUACGUUAUAAAAAUAUCGCUACUUGUGUGGGCCUGUGAGACCGGCAAGAAUAAAGCUCAAGAGAUCAGCACUACCGUUCAUGAUCUACUUAAUAGUACGAAUAAUGAGCAGAUAAAAAACGAGUUGCAGUUAUUUUCUUUACAAAUACUACAUCGCAGAAAUAUAUUUUCGGCAAAAGGUCUCACUGUGGAUACAAAGCUUCUUGCAGUAAUAAUAGGUAAUAUUACGACGUACUUGGUAAUCUUGGUACAAUUCUUACAUAUAUCGCAUUCCUGUGACGAAAAAGCGGCAAUCAAUCAUAUUACAUAAUCUUGUUACACAAAUAAAAACGUAUUUUUGGAUAUCAAUAAUUUUCUUUUAUAUCAUUGUGAAUAACAUAUAACAAUAAUUUAAAAACAAAAUUCAAUCAUUAUAAAUAUCAAAAACAAUUUUUGUAUUAUAGAAAAAAUUGCAAUAUGGAAAAUUAAAAAAUUUUCUUUUUUCACUUAAAAUUGCAUAACUUCUUAAUUUUUUGAUAUUUUUACCUAGACAUUUAACUGGAUAAUAAUCUUGAAAUCCUGCACUUUAAAAUAGAAUCAAUUGCGAUAUGGGCACACUGGGUCAAAUUGACUCGAACGAUAUUAAGCGUCUACUUUCAACAGCUGUUAGUAGCACACUGGGGCCUUAGGCCAAACGGUCGAUGCUCGAUUGUAAAGUGAAACAUUUAAAUAAAUAAGAAAUAGCGCCACAAGUCCUAAUUUCAAAGAUUAUCCUGUCAAGAAAUCACUACAAACUUUUGCUCGGGUCAUUUUAACCCAAGGUGCUCUUUAAGAGUUAAUAUUGUCAUCCUAUUUAAAUAUUUUCAUACAUAUUAUUUAUUUAAAUGCUAAAUGUUAAAUCCAUUUAAGAUGUAAUAUAUAUAUUUCUAAAAAAUAUUACUUUGUAUUUAAUAAAUACGUUCAAAUUCUCAUAUUUUUUCAAUAUUAAAAACACAUUUGGUUUCUAUAUAUCAGAUUACUUUUUGUGUUGUAAGUUGUAUGUAAUAUUCUAGAAAUAUUUUAUUUUUUGUAUAAUAGAAAAAUACGCGUAUAUAUUUUUCCAAAUAUUCUUCUCAUUAAAAUUAAAAUAAUUUAAAGAAUAAUCCUUACAAUCCUACAAAUUUUUAUGCAAUUUACAUUAGGACAAAUCCUAACAAUUUUUAUGGAAAUUACUAUAGUUAUUUCUUCUACCACAAUAAAUGUAAGUAAUACAUUAAAUCCCAUCUCAAAAGUGUGUUAUACAUUAUUUUAUUUUAUUUAAUACUUCAUAAUAAAUGUUUAAUUUCUUUAUUACGUUAAAAAAAUCAAACUUAUCUUUAAUAAAAAAAUAAGUUACAACGUAAUCAUAUAAACUAGAUUUUAUAACCUAAAUCAAUUAUGAGAAAUAAAUUAGACGUUUUAUUAGAGAUAAAUUUGCAUUCAAAUAUUUAGACAGCCAUAAUUAAGUAUUAUAAUUGAAUAAAAUUUUCUUGAAAUUUAUUUAAGUAAUAUAUGACCAGAAAAAAAUUCCAACAACACACACACACACAAAAUUAACACACAAGAUCUUAAAAAGUUGCGGUAUAGUAAUAUUAUAUUACAAUAUAAUAUGUAUAAUUAAUUAAAAUCUACUGUUUAAAAUAAAAAAAUUAUUAAGGUUACUUUGAGAAAGCUAGAUUUAUGUAAUAUUUCCUAUUAGACGUAUACACAUUUGAUGUAAUCAGUUAUAAAACAUGGCAUUACGCUUCAUUCCGUUAUAUUCUACACUUUCAAGAUAAUAAUUACCAAUCAAAGAUGUUCUCACCAUAAUUACUUGAUGUCUCACCAUGGUUACUUUAAGAAUAACAAUUAAGUCGGGAAACUUUUCAAGUGUUAUUUGGUGCAUACACAUACAGACAGCAAUUAUUUGCAGUUUUAAACUGACUUUAAAAGACCUUUAAAAGGUCUCACUGUGAAUGUUACUCUUCCCGUUGUGGUAAGUGAUUAUUUAAAUCUUAAUUAAUUAAAUGUUACUGUUUACUUUCAUAAUAGACUCUAAUUUGAUAUUGACUAAUAUAAUUACAUAUCUACUAUGUUUAAUAUAAUUUUUUAUUGCCACGUAUUUUUACAAUAGAGUUGCAAUAGUAGCAAAUAACACAAAUACACAAACAUCUUAUUUAAAAAAGGUAUGUGAUUGAUACCAAAAGUAUAUUAUUAAGAGUAAUUAGAGUACUCUUUUUCCUUUAACAUUGUUAGAAUAAUAUGUGUACAUAUAUAUGUAUGUACAACUUUCUUGAAAUAUACUUAUACUUCGAAAAAAUUUUUUUUAACCUUCAUGAAUUUUAUUUUUUAUGACAAUUAUUUAGAAUACUUUGAAUAAGUUUUUUUUUAAACUUAAUUUUUAAGAAAUUUGUAAAAAUUUCUUCAAAAAUAUUAAGAGUAAAAUUAUUCAAUUUCUUUUGGUGGUAAUUUAACUUUUCAAAAAGUUAAUUGCUGCUCUUACAUCUUUCACAUAAUUUAAUUUCUUAGUAUAUUCGUUAGAUUGAGAAAAAUUUUGUAUAUAAUAAAGAUGCGAUUGCUUUUCAAGUAAAAAUUAACAUUAUAAUAGAACAAUAAUGCCACUAUUGAUUGAUCAAUAGUGAUUUAUUGAUAAAUAUCUCAUGUGGACUAAUAGAUAUUGUAGUGCUCUAUGUUUCUAAUUUCAUAUGCAUGCAUAUAAUUUAAUGAGUCAUAUAAAAACAAUUAUUACAUAUUAGAACAAUUACAUAGCAUUUCGUUGCCAUUUUCUCAAGAAUAAUUUCGAUCGAAAAAUGCCAUGGUUACUUUAAGACUAACAAAUAACCUGUUUUAAUUUUGUCUACUUGAUGCAGCAUUGUACGUAGUUUUGAACUUAAAUUCAUCGAGUGCAGAUAACACGUAUAGACACAUUAGUUUACAUACUUAUUACAAAAAUUACAUAUAAAAUAAAAAAUUUUAAAAUCAUAUCUAUAUUAAUACUAAAGUGCAUAUAAUUAGUAACAUAGACUAUAAAUUAAGAUACAGAUUGCUAUUCUUUCGUAAGGUUAUGCUAAUUGUGGUUAAUUUACAAAUUCAACGAUACAUCGAGAGUAAAAUGCAAAAAAGGUGGUGCUUAUUUCGUGCUACAGAAUUCCAAUCCUUAAUGUAUCCAUGUUUCACGUUUUGCCGUAUUUUUGGUAUAUUUCCAUACAAGAUCAACACAGCGACCUUUGAAUCUUCAAAAAAGCAUUACAUAGUGUCGAGUGUAAUUGUCUGCAUUUAUUGCGUUUAUGUCUUGAUACUCAUUCAUGAUUUUAUUACUUCUAAAUUGAACUUUGGAAACGAAACAAAUCUUGAAAUCAUAAUGUACUCAAUGUUUAGUAGUUUUAUAAUAGUUAUUACGCACAUUUUAAGCAGUCCACGAAUGUGUUUACUACAAACUAUAAUGGAGAUUUCUUCAAAAGUAUCCUCAAAGUCAUAUCAAAAACUGUCUAAAUUAAUCCACGCCAAAGACAUCUUGGGUAUUGUCUUCAUAAUCGCGCUAAUAUGCGUAUACUUUAAUAAAAUGAAAGUAUAUGAAAUGAGUUAUUACACUGCUCUAAUGACCGUAUUCUUGUGGUAUCUCUCCAUGCUAAUAUUCCAGCUAAAUAUGUUAUAUGUAAAUUGUGUUUGUGUAUUAAAGGCCUGUUUCAAAAGUAUUAAUGACAAUUUGACACAAAUGCA